AUGUUAGGUUUUUCUUCGUCACGAAUUUCUCCAGAAGCACAAGUAGAGUCGAAUAAUGUUACCAACUCAAAUCCAUCCAAUCUGUCUCCUAAAACGCAAAGCAAAACAAGAAAACAAUCUGGUUUGGAAUGGGCUUAUUCAUCAUGGACCAGAUGGAUCUCCGUGGUACUUUGGUGGUGGGUCAAACCUAUUUUAUCACUAGGUUAUCGACGCACAAUUGUCGAUAAAGAUCUCGAAGAUAUACCAGUCAAUGAUAAAUGUUCCGUUUUGUUGGACAAAGUGAAUUGCGAUAGUACUAAAUGGCCAGGAACAUGGAAUGUCAUCAGGCAAGCAUUUUUGAAAGAUUAUCUUCUGAUCGUCGUCUUCAUAGUUCCAUAUAGUGCGGCUCGUAUUGCACAGCCAUUGAUCAUUCGUGAAACUGUUCUCUACAUUAAAGGUCAAACAAAAUUGCCUACAUACGCUGGGUAUCUAUUGGCUAUUGCUAUUUCCAUUUGUUCGGUGCUACAAGUUAUUUUAAUGCAUCAAAUCUUCUUUCAUGGUAGACGUAUAGGUAUGCGCGUUCGCAAUUAUUUAUCAUCCAUCAUCUAUAAACAUUUGUUGACGCUCAAUACAGCAUCACUACACAAUACUACUGCUGCUCAAACAAUCAAUUUAAUAGCAAAUGAUGCAAGCAAAUUUGAAGAUUUGGGUAUGUUCUUCUAUUAUUUUUGGGCGACACCUGUUGAAGCACUUGUGAUGUUUGGUCUUAUUUGGAGGAUCAUUGAUUUGCCGACACUGUUUGGUUAUGCUAUACUCAUACUAUAUGUACCAAUGCAACUUAUAUUCAGUAAACUAUUCGGUCAAUAUCGAGCGGCAACAAUGAAAUAUACGGACAAUCGUAUUCAAACGGUUCAUGAAAUUGUUAAUGGAUGUCAAAUUAUUAAAAUGUACAAUUGGGAAAAAGCAAUGGAGAGACGAGUGCGUGAAGCACGACAUUGUGAAUUUUCAAACAUUUUCAAAUCGAGUUGUUUACGAGCUCUCAAUAUUGGUCUCAAUUUCGCAUCAUUACCUUUAAUUUCUCUAGCUACAUUCGGCAGCAGUUGGCUCAUGGGUCUACCAUUUAUAUCAGAAGAUAUUUUUACAGUAAUGUCAUUUUUUGCUUUGAUUCGAAUGCCAAUAACCGCAUAUUUCCCAUAUACUAUUGAAAAACUCAGUGAGGCUCGUAUUUCUGCAAAAAGAAUUGAUCAGUUUCUGCAAUUGGAAACGUUGGUGGACAAGCGAGACAAAGAACAAAAAGAAAAGGGAGAUGAUGCAAUCAUUAUGGAAAAUGCAUCAUUUUCAUGGAAAGAUUAUUCUUGCUUGUCUGAUCUCAAUGGCACCAUCCAAGUUGGUACGCUGGUUGGAAUUAAAGGUGCUACUGGUGCCGGCAAAUCAUCUUUACUAGCUGCCAUUCUUGGUGAAAUGAAUCUUACCAAUGGAAAACUACGACAAUAUGUCAAUUCUAUUUCGUACGCUCCACAAUCGGCAUGGAUAUUUGCGGAUACUAUUCGAGCUAAUAUUCUUCUUGGUAAACCAAUGAACGAAGAACGUUAUAAGAAUGUCAUAAAAGCAAGUUGUCUUGAUAUCGAUCUACGAAAUUUUGGUGAAGCCGGUGAUUUAAUGAUGGUCGGUGAUAAAGGUGUUAAUUUGAGUGGAGGACAAAAAGCUAGAAUAUCACUUGCUCGUGCUCUUUAUACUGAUGCAGAUUUAUACUUACUCGAUGAUCCAAUCGCUGCCGUUGAUCCAAAAGUAGCAAAGAAAAUUUUUGAUGAAUGUAUUGGUCCACGUAGUCUCCUUCGUGAAAAGACUCGAAUAUUUGUUACACAUCAAAUACAUUUCUUAAUUGAAGCAGAUCAAACUAUUGUAUUAAAAAAUGGUCGCAUUGAUGAAUUACAUAUUAAACAAUCUACUCUAAAUGAGCGGUCAAAUGUUACGACAGAAGUAGAUUCAACCGACAAGAAUCAGACCGAUUGGACAUUGAAUACUGCUGUAACUGAUAUAAAUUCGAUUGUACAAGAUGAAAUGUCAACUGAUGGAGCAGUCAACUGGCAUGUUUGGUUGGAACUGUUUACUGCACCACCUUUACGUUGGUUUGGAUUUAUUCUUCUAAUAGUUUUAAUAUUUGCUGCCGAAGCUCUAUUCGAUGCUACAAAUCGUUGGCUUGCUAUUUGGUCUGAGAAAGUAGAAAAAUGUGAACGUUCAUCAUUGGAUGCUUCUAUUUAUCUUGGAUUGACAUUGGGUACAUUGUUUAUUGCAUUACUACGCGCCUUCUACAUGUUCUAUAUCCUAUUAAGUGGAGCGACCUAUUUUCAUAAUCGAAUGUUAAAAGGUAUCUUAUAUACUUCAUUACGUUUCUUUGAAAGUAAUCCCGGCGGACGAAUAUUAAAUCGAGCAAGCAAAGAUCAGCAGGUGUUAGACGAAUCGUUACCUCUUACUGUGAUCGAUACUAUACAAAUGACAAUGACAAUUCUCGGUUCUAUUGUUAUUAUUGGAAUAAUCAAUCCAUGGGUACUUUUAAUUCUCAUUCCAUUGAUUCCGGCAUUUUGGUGGAUUCGUCGAUUCUUUCUACGUUCGAGUUGUCAACUCAAACGACUUGACAGUGUAACACGCAGUCCAAUCUAUACACUGUUCUCGUCAUCAUUAGAUGGCCUCACUAGUAUUCGUGCAUUCAACGUUCAAGCUGAUUUUAUGGAUAUGUUUAUGGAAAGAAUCGAUACAAAUUCACGAGCUUACUUCCUUCUUAUUGCUGCUGGACGUUGGUUCGGUUUACGACUCGAUCUUAUGGCAUCCUUACUCACUUUGAUUACUUCGAUUCUUGCAGUAGCAGUGCGUGGCCAAAUCGAUCACUCAGCGUUAGCACUUAGUUUGACCUAUUGUCUUACUAUAGUAGAUCUCUUUCAAUGGGCUAUUCGACAGUCAGCCGAAGCUGAAACUUAUAUGACCAGUGCUGAACGUGUUCAUGAAUAUGGACAACUUGUUCGAGAAACUGGCAAAAAAGAACAUGAAAGCAAAGGACUUAUUCAACCACCAAAUGAUUGGCCUUCUCGUGGUAUAAUUGAAUUUAGAAAUUACACUUUUCGUUAUCGACCAGAGCUUAAUUCUGUGCUCAAAAAUCUCAAUCUACGCAUUGAAUCAAAAGAGAAGAUUGGAGUUAUCGGUCGAACAGGUGCUGGAAAAUCAUCAAUUCUUCAGGCUCUCUUUCGACUUGUUGAUCAAACGGCAAUCACCGGCACUAUUCUUAUCGAUAAUAUUAAUAUUGGUGAACUUUCGCUUGAUUUUCUUCGUUCUCAUCUGAGUGUUAUUCCACAAGUACCGAUACUCUUCUGUGGCACACUUCGAUACAAUCUUGAUCCAUUCGGACAAAUCUCUGAUGAGGAAUGUCUUCAAGCACUUGAGGCUGUUCAACUUAAACAAUUGGUUCGCAGUAAUCCCAAUGGACUCAAUUUAUUGAUCGCUGAAUCGGGUAGCAAUUUGAGUGUUGGUGAACGUCAACUGAUCUGUGUAGCACGAGCCAUUCUCAAGAGAAGUCAUAUAUUGCUCGUUGAUGAAGCUACAGCAAAUGUUGAUCAUGCGACAGAUAAAAUGAUUCAAGAGGUUAUUUCUGAAAAGUUUCGUGAUCGUACCAUACUGACAAUUGCACAUCGAUUGAAUACAGUAGCCAAUAGCGAUCGUAUUCUUAUGUUGGAAAAAGGAGAAGUUGUUUAUUUCGAUGCUCCUAAUAAUAUCGAUCUUUUUUUAAUGUGA